CUGUCUCUUAACAUUCAAUAAGGCUUCAAGAGUUGAAGUGUUUGCUAUUCAUGGCUUCAUUCACUAAAUAUUCAAGUCAAGAGCUAAGAGUUGUAGUAAUUGCUAGUGGACUCUUGAUCAUUGCCUUUUUAUAUCAUGUUCCAAUUACAGGUGGUGUUGAGGUGCCAAAUUGGGGAAAGGGAGCAACUGGAGUGAAGGUAGGAUCAAGGCCACCAAGGUGUAGUGUUGAUAAAUGCUUGAACUGCAGCCCUUGCAUGGCUACCCUAAUUGCACCAAUUCACCAAGGAAAACACAAAGCUUCUGCUGCUUCUUCUCAACAUGAUACUUAUUAUCUUCUUGCAUGGAAAUGCAAAUGUGGUAACAAGCUUUACCACCCAUGAUUACUCUACUAGUAUAUAUGUUUGUAAUUUUAUACCUGAAAGAUAUCGUCUAUACCUUCUUUCUCAAAACAAAAACAAAAAGAAAAUGAUGUAUGCUUGUCUAAUAUAUCUCUAUAUAUUGUUGUAUACUUAUUAGUUUGUUAUGAUGUAUUUAUGAAACAUGAGAUUUUCUCUUAUGAUCAAUUUAAUUUUCAAGU